AUGACGCCGUCGACAGGGAGCUCGGUGAGGGAGGACCUGGACCGCACGCGGUCGCAAAACGGCUACGGCGUAUCAGACGAGCAGCGCGGCGAGAAGGCGUUAGAAGCUGGCCAGCCGGAGACGGAUCCGUACGAGGUUGGCUGGGAUGAUGGGGAUAACGAUCCGUUAUGUCCUCGGAGCUUUAACAAGGCGCGCAAGUGGCUGAUUGUGCUUAUUUGUGCGGGUGGCAGUCUUACAGUGACAUGCGCCAGCUCGAUAUACACCUCGACUUACGCGCAGAUGGAAGCCGAAUUCCACAACGUGCGUGAGAUUUCCGACCUCGGCCUAUCGACGUUCGUCCUGGGCAUCGCCAUUGGGCCCAUGCUGCUGAGUCCCCUGAGCGAGUUCUAUGGCCGCCGGCCCAUCUACCUGGUGUCGUGGACCAUGUAUCUCAUCUGGCUGAUCCCCUCGGCCGUGGCCAAGAACAUUGCCACCAUGGUUGUCGUCCGCUUCUUCGACGGCCUGGCGGGCAGCGCCUUUCUGACUGUGUCUGGCGGCACCGUGGGCGACUUGUUUGCGAGACACGAGUUGCAGCUGCCCAUGGCGGUGUUUAGCAUUGCCCCCUUUGUCGGGCCCAGCCUUGGACCUCUGUUGGGAGGCUUCAUCAACUACUUUACGCAUUGGAGGUGGACCUACUAUGUCCUGCUCAUCUGGGCUGGCGCCAUGUGGGUUGCCAUCGUUGUCCUGGUGCCGGAGACUUACCAUCCGAUAUUGCUCAGAAACAAGGCUCGCAAGAUGCGAAAGGACACCAGCGACGAGCGGUGGUUGGCCCCCUCGGAAAAGACGCAAAAGACGGUGGUCCAGGCCAUGGGCACCUCCUUGCAGCGGCCCUUUCAGCUGCUCAUCUUCGAGCCCAUGUGCCUCAGCCUGUGCAUCUUCACCGCCAUUCUGCUGGGCAUCCUCUACCUCUUCUUCGGCGCGUUCCCGCUCGUCUUCGCGACGAACCACGGCUUCAACCUGUGGCAGAUUGGCCUGACUUUCGUGGGCAUCGGCGUGGGAAUGGUGCUCGGCAUGCUGACGGACCCGGUGUGGUUCCGCAUCCGCGCCAGGCUCAUGGCCAAGCUGGAGCAGGAGACUGGCGUUCCCGGGGGCAGCGAGCCCGAGUUUCGGCUACCGUCAGCCAUCGUGGGGUCCGUCCUGGUGCCCAUUGGCAUCUUCAUGUUUGGGUGGACGACGUACUCGUCUGUGCCCUGGAUCGUGCCCAUCAUUGGAUCGGCCAUCUUUGGAUUGGGCAACCUCCUUGUAUUCACCAGCGUCUUUACGUUUUUGGUCGACGCCUAUCCCAUGUAUGCCGCCAGUGCCCUCGCCGCCAACGCAUUUGUGCGCUGUUCAUUCGCAGCUGUGUUCCCCCUGUUUGGUACACAAAUGUAUAACAAGCUUGGAUUCCAGUGGGCGUCGUCGCUAUUGGCGUUCCUAACCGUGGCCAUGAUGCCGUUCCCCUACCUCUUUUUUAAAUACGGCAAGAAGAUUAGGAGCAAGAGCAGAUUUGCCAAGAAUUAG